AUGCCUGCACCCGCAUCACAGUCAUCAGUGCUUACACUCGGCAGCCCUUUAGCUGCUGUGGCAUGCCAACUAACGCUGCAACAUCUCUACUCCCUGCACUCAAAUCGAAUGGAGAUUUACACUGACGGCUCGGUGGCAUCCGAUGGGUCAUCAUCUGCAUUUUACAUUCCUGAGGAAUCAUACGAACGCGGUUUCAAGCUGGUGCCCACGCUUUCAUCAACCGAAGCAGAAGCCUUUGCUAUCUUAUCUGCUCUACGGUACAUCUCUUCGUCGACACCAAGAGCGUGGACUAUCCUUUCGGAUAGUAAGUCAGCCUUGGAGGCCGUGGCAUCGUAUUCGCCCAAAGUUAUCAAUGACAUCUACACGGAGAUCCUUUGCCUGCACGCCAAACUAUCGUCUCUAGGUCACAGUGUGUCUUUCCAGUGGAUUCCGGGCCACGUUGGUAUCUUGGGGAAUGCCAUCGCCGAUUCUGCGGCCAGGUCUGCUCGUGCGGUUGGGCCUGUCACUUCUGUCCAACUUACCCCGUCUGCCUGUCAGCUAGCCAUUCGCCGAUACUGCAGAAAUAGCUCUCAGGCCUUCUUUCAAGACGCUGCCAGGACCAACCCUUUUCUGCACUCGAUUGACCCUACGAUGACCCACACACUGGUAGGCCGCUAUCCCAGGGAGGAAGAGUCCCUGCUUCACAGGCUGCGAUUGAAUGUGGCGUGGACUCCACUGCUCCUCUUUAAGAUGGGCCACCUUUUGUCACCCAACUGCCCCACCUGUCAUGUUGAAGGAGACAUCCCGCACUUACUCCUCUACUGCACGCGUUACCACCAACAUCGUCUUUUCCUACGCUCGCGCAUCGCUCGCCUGACGGUUUCGGACUUAUCUCUAGCUACGCUGCUCGGCCCCACACAAUAUAGUCAGGUGACAAAGGCACUUGCUCAGUUUCUGCGGUCCUGUGGCCUUCUGGGUGAACUGUGA